GAUAUGUCUGCCUAUGUGAAAAAAAUUCAAUUCAAGUUGCACGAAAGCUACGGUAAUCCUUUAAGAGUUGUUACCAAACCACCAUAUGAAAUCACUGAAACAGGCUGGGGUGAAUUUGAAAUAAUCAUUAAGAUAUUUUUCAUUGAUCCAAAUGAAAGACCUGUAACCUUGUAUCACUUGCUGAAGCUUUUUCAGUCUGAUACCAAUGCCAUCCUGGGAAAGAAAACUGUAGUUUCUGAAUUCUAUGACGAAAUGAUAUUUCAGGAUCCUACUGCGAUGAUGCAGCAGCUGUUAACAACGUCUCGUCAGCUAACGCUAGGUGCCUAUAAGCAUGAAACAGAGUUUGCAGAUCUUGAAGUGAAAACCAGGGAAAAGCUGGAAGCUGCCAAAAAGAAAACUAGCUUUGAAAUUGCUGAGCUUAAAGAAAGACUAAAAGCAAGUCGUGAAACCAUCAACUGUUUAAAGAAUGAAAUCAGAAAACUUGAAGAAGAUGAUCAGUCUAAAGAUAUGUGA